CGGCAGGUGGGGCCUUUUCACACGUGGGGGGGGGGGAGGUGGCAGCUGCCGCCCCCCCCCAUGGGGGCAGCUGUGACAUCACCGGCCCGAGGUCCUCCCGCCCCCCAGCCUGCAGAGCCCGCCCGUGACCGGCCCCAGCACCCCCCACGCAGCCGGGCCGGGACCCGCGGGGAGAGACCGACCGAGCCGGGCCGGACAGCGACCGGGACAGUCACCGCGCGGCGCUGGCCAAGGUGGCCGGCCAGGUGUCCCCCCCUUCGCGCUUGACACCCCCAGCCCAGACCAUGACCCUGUUGGCCUCCGAGCGCUCCAUGCUGAUCCGCAGCAAGUUCCGAUCCGUGCUGCAGCUCAGGAUGCAGCAUCGCAGAUCCCAGGAGCAGCAUCUCCUGACACCUCUGACCAAGCCCCCCCCAACCUACCUGGAGGUGAACGGAACCCCAGAGCAGAGCCGGGCUGACGAGACCCUGAAGGUGAAGGUCCAGACGAGAACCCACAAAGUGGGAGCUGCCAAGGGCCAGUUCACAGAAGCAGAGUCUAGGGGGGACCCCUCAGAGCGGAAGGAGAAGAAGACGCGUCUGGCCGAGGAUCUGAAGGAGAAACUCCUGCAACGGCCGGGGCCACUGGAACUCGUGACGAAAAACAUCCUUUCCCUGGACGCCAGCCUCAAAGAUGCUGUGAAAGCAGCUGAUCCUGCCCCUGGGACCUUCCUAUUAGACGAGGACCUCAGCAGCUCUUCAUCGUCCUCCUCUUCUUCCCCAUGCUUCACCCCCUGCCUGGGGGGGGGACCUGGCAACCCAUCCCCCCCCUCGGCCUCAGGGGCCGCUGUCCAGCCAGAGCUGCUGUCGAUCCUGGAGUCCCAGCCCCGCUCGGCGCCUGCCCCAGACCCCGAAUCCCAACCUCCUGGGGGUGGCCCCCCGGCUAAGGCCCCGGCCUUGCUGCCCAAGGGCCCCCCACGCCCCAAGAAGGCGAAGGACCCCAAGCCCAAGGUGAGGAAGCUGAAGUACCAUCAGUAUGUGCCCCCCGCGGCCCGGCCCCCCCGGGCCCCGGCCCCCCUGGACGCCGCCUACGCCCGCCUGCUCCAGCAGCAGCAGCUCUUCCUCCAGCUCCAGAUCCUGCAGCAGCAGCAGCCGCCGGCCCCGCCGGGGCCCCCCACAGCGCUGUGUGUGCCGGCCCUGCACCCCCUGAGCGCCAGUAUUUCCCCAGAUCCAGUGAUCAGCUUCGCGGCCCCCCCAAUUACCCUGGCAGCCCCCCCCACCCCUCCCACCCCUCCUGUGCCCCCCAAGCCUGAGCUGCUGCCCGCCAACCUGGAUGACCUGACAGUGUCAGAGCUCCGCCAGCAGCUGCGCCAGCGCGGGCUGCCCGUGUCGGGCACCAAGCCGGCCCUGCUGGAGCGGCUGAAGCCCUUCCAGGUGCGGGGGGCCCCGGGGCCGCCCCCCCCGGCCCUGCCCCCCGCCGACCGGGCACUGCGGGAGAAGCAGCGGCUCAUCGACAGCCUCACCUGGGAGCUGCAGCGGGAGCAGCAGGAGGCCGACGACCUGCGGGAGGAGCUGCAGCUGCACAAGUGCCGGCGCGGCCGCCCGGAGGGGGAGCCCCUGCCCCCCUCGCCCCCAGCCAGCCACGGCCCCCAGGCCCCCGCCGGGGAGACGCCCGAGGGCACAGCGCCCAGGAGAGAGGGGUUCCUGGUUUUCUGCCCCCCUUCCUGUGAGCCAAUCGGGGAGGACCUAGAACUGCCCCUGCAGAUCACGGCCAGCCCCGCCCCGGCCCCCCGCUCCCUGGAGGAGGAGCUGCAGGAGGCCAUCCAGAAAGCCCAGCUGGUCCCAAGUCAGUCGAUCGAAGACAUCCUGGAGGAGCCUCUGGCGUGUGCAGGUGAUCUGCUCCCCACGGAUGCCCCCUUGCUGCUCCCCACGGAGCCGCGCCGGCCCCCCUCACCUCUCAGCCAGCAGGGGGCGCCCUGCAAGAAGCCCCGUCGCACCCCACCGGCAGCAGCCAUCUUGGAUUUCCCCGGCCACUACGACUUCCUCACCCCUCCCUCCUCCUCCUCCUCGUCUCCCUCAGACUCCCUGCGUGGGGUCUUCUCCCCGGAGCCCCCGGAGGGGCCCCCGUCACCCAGCCCCCGGCCCGCCUUCGACCCCGUCGAUUGGCUGGAGGCCUUGACGUCUGGCCCGGCCUCGGGGCUGGGGCCCGGCACCCCUGGCGGCAGCAGCAUCUUCUCCACUGACUUCUUUGACUCGCCCGAACUGAGCGUCAACCACAUGAUUGACCUGAUGGUGGAGCAGUGGUAGGGGGUGCGGGCCCCCCUGGCCCGUCUACGGGGAGCCCCCCACCGCCACCCGAGAGACGCCAACAAAAAACACCAAUGCAGGUGCCAUCUUGGAUGGGUGACGUCAACUCCAGGCACCAUCUUGGGAGGAACUAUUGUUUGUAGUGACGCCAAAACUGAGCGCCAUCUUGGAUGGUGGAACCAUUGUUCAGGGUGACAUCAACUCCAGGCGCCAUCUUGGAUG